UCACAUUUAUUGUCAUUUGUCGAUGCAUUAGUCAAAUUUUUUGAGACAAAUUCUUGAAUUACUGUUCCGCCAAAGCAGCCAAAGUACAGAGUCAUCUAGAAUUGAUAAAAUGGCAGAAGGCCAGGACGAACCCAAAAAGAUUACAAUAACUGUAAAAACACCUAAAGAGAAACAGCAAGUAGAAAUCGAGGAGGACUCUGAUAUCAAAAAAUUGAAGGAAGUGCUGGGCUCCAAGUUUAACUCGGAGCCGGAGCAACUAUGUCUCAUUUUCGCUGGAAAAAUAAUGAACGACGGCGACACGCUGAAACAGCACAAUAUUAAGGAUGGGUUGACAGUUCAUCUUGUUAUCAAGACCCCCCCGAGACCGGAACCCGAGGGGGCUACGAGGCGCCCGCCAGCUGAUAUUAGUGCUACUCCAUUUGGAUUGAACUCACUCGGUGGACUUGCUGGUCUUGAAAGCUUGGGACUUGGUCAGAGCACUUUUAUGGAUCUUCAGGCACGCAUGCAACAAGAGUUGCUAUCCAACCCAGAUAUGUUGAGGCAAGUCUUAGACAACCCACUGGUGCAGCAAAUGAUGAAUGAUCCGGAGAACAUGCGUUCACUCAUCACAUCCAAUCCUCAGAUGCAGGACUUGAUGUCUAGAAAUCCAGAAAUCAGUCACAUGCUGAACAACCCUGAGCUACUCCGCCAGACAAUGGAAUUGGCACGCAACCCUGCCAUGCUGCAAGAACUGAUGAGAUCCCACGACAGAGCCCUGUCCAACCUUGAGAGUAUACCUGGUGGUUACAACGCAUUGCAGCGCAUGUACCGCGACAUCCAGGAGCCAAUGUUGAACGUGGCCAGCAGCAUGGCAGGGAAUCCAUUCUCGGGACUAGUUGAUAAUUCAGAUGGCACCAAUCCUCAGCAGGGCGCUGAGAACAGACAGCCACUGCCCAACCCCUGGGUGAGGGGCAACUCCAACACGCCGAGCUCUGGGGUCGCGCUCGGCGGGGUCGGGCUUGGCGGGGUCGCCCCGCCGCCAGGGUUCAUGAACCCGCCGGGCAUGCAGUCGCUGCUGCAGCAGAUGUCGGAGAACCCGCGCCUCGUGCAGUCCAUGCUGUCCGCGCCCUACACCAACAGCAUGCUGGAGGCCUUCGCCGCCGACCCGGAAAUGGCCUCCCAGAUCAUAAAUCAGAACCCCAUAUUCGCCAACAACCCGCAACUACGGGAACAGAUGACCACUAUGAUGCCGCAGUUGGUAGCCCAGCUGCAGAACCCCGACAUGCAACAGUUGAUGACCAAUCCACAGGCAUUGAGCGCGCUGCUGCAGAUCCAACAAGGCAUGGAGCUCCUUCGCUCCGCGGUGCCCAACCUCGUCAACAACUUCGGGUUUGGGCCGGGCGGACAGACUACGUCCACCACCUCCGCGCCGCCCAUCAACGCCGAAGCUCCCGCGCGUCAAGUCCACCAACGAAACCACUCUGAGAUAUUCUCACAGUUCAUGCAACGCAUGGUGGCGUCCAUGGGGAACAACCAGAACAACACGCAGCAGCCGCCGGAGCAGCGCUACUCGCAGCAGCUGGAUCAGCUCACCGCCAUGGGAUUCCUUAACCGAGAAGCCAAUUUGCAAGCUUUAAUUGCAACAUUCGGCGAUGUGAACGCGGCAGUUGAAAGGCUACUGGCUCUCGGCCAGUUGUCCAUGAGCUAACACCCUAGCGCCGGACAGCGCUGCCCUGACUUGCACCACAACUUUGAACACGUUUAAAACAUCACUACGAGUAUAAAGUUACUAUACGUUUUUAUGGAUUACACAUAUAUAUUUUUUUUGUUUGACGAAAUAACGAAAUUAUAAAAAAUGUUCAUCGUUCAAUAGUGUUGUGCAAGUAAGUUUUCACAUUUAUAUUAUGUUUUAGAAUGACAAAACAUCGUCCUAAAUUCUGACUAUCCACUAAAAUUUGAGUAACAAAUGGUCUAUAUAAAUAGAUUGUCUCUUAAAUUUAAUAAUUUAAAUUCAUUCCUUGUUACUUUAGGUACUAUUAUAUUAUUUUUCUUUUUAGAUAUAAUAAAUCAUAUUUUGUAAUAGUUAUGUUGUAAACGGUUAACCUGUUUUGCUAUAUUUAUAAAAUAUUAUUACAAAGAUUUUCAUCUAUGUCUUGCAGUCCUAUGAGUACAUAUUUUUAGUUUAUGCAAUUAUAGAUAAAUGCUGUAGUUUUAUGUAAAUAGUUUUGCUUUAAAAAUCAAGUGUGGUCGCAAACUUGGAUUUAAAUUGAAAAGUUAUUGAUGUGCUGUUGGUGUGUACAGUUUUAUUUAACUCUUUCACUCAUAUAAUAAAAUAACGAAAUCAAUGAAAAAAAGCAAAAGGUUAUGCAUAAUUGAUUGGUCUUACUCGAUUUAAUGAUUAUCACCUGCAAAGUGAGUGUGUUUAGUUACAUUAUAUAUGUUAUCGUUAAAUUGUAAAAUACAUUAGUUUAUAAUGUCUCUCGUGAUAUUAUAAUCUACCGUCACAUUGUGAACUGAAAAUACUGAUUACAAUUUAACGUGUUAUUUUUCGGUAUAAUAAAAUCUAUCAGAAGUGAAACCGUUAAAUUGCAAUCUUAAAACGUCAACUGUCCGAACUUGUCCCUGAUUGGUCGGCCUUACAGCACACCGUUCUGUAUCCAUAGAGUUAGGAAUGAAACACAAAUGUCAGUCAAAUAAAAUACUUCAAGAAUUGGGACAUCACAUAUUUAUUAUACCUAAAGACUGGCACCCGAAUUGUCAUGUUCUAACCUUUAAACUUUAGAUUGAAAUGUAAUACAUGACAGGCUACAUAUAUACCUAUUGUUAAAUGGUGAUAAACUUAACUUAACUUUAGAUUUGACUAAAUUAUACUUCUAUUUAACAAUAACAACAUUUUACUGAUGGAAGAAGUGUUUAAAAAAAUUAGGAAACGCACUGGCCACCGCUCCGAGUUUCUUUCUUUUUCUUUGAUUUGUCCGAUGCCCGCUGUAAUAUUUUUGUAACUCUAUGGUAAAUUUAUCCUGAUUGACAAUUUAAUGGUUAACGGUAACUUCCGAUAGAUAAUAAUAUACCUAAAAAUAACACGUAAUCAGUAUUUUCAGUUCACAAUAUGACAGUAGAUUAUAAUAUCACGAGUGAGAUUACAAAUUAACGUAUUUUACAAUCUAACGGUGACUUAUACAAAUUGUAUACCGAUUGAAUUUGGUCUAACUCCUCGAAGCUAGAAAACUCUGAAUGUUAUUAAAUUAAUAAUAGGCGUGGUAUUUGAUGGUUGUACAUACAGUAAUUUUUGUAUUUUAUUUUUGCGGUGGUAGAAUUUUUGAAAUAAGCGAUAUUGUGCUUUAUUCUAUUAAAUGUGUAGCAAAUUAUUUUAAGUUUUCAAACAAAGCUGAUAACAGUUGCUCAGUUUUGUUAAGGGUUUCGUUAAAUUUCCAUCUAGGAUAAUGUCAAUACAAAACACUAAUCAAUAAAAUUUGAAAACGCUUA